ACCAUGAUGCUUUACGAGAGUACGUAAGCCUCGUUUUCAGAACCAAAAUGGCUGCGCCCAUGUGAUUUAUCCAGCCGGCCUGAGGAACGCAGAAAUAUCUCGAGACACAAAUACGUCUUUUCUGUGUGACUUUGUAACACGACAGUGCAACGAAGAUGUCCUCUUUCAAGAAGGCUGCAAAAGCCCGUCAGAAGGACCACAAGGAAAGGAGCCAGCUUUCGUCCAGGAGUCAUCUUGGCCUUCUGGAGAAGAAGAAGGACUACAGACUGAGGUCCAAGGAUUACCACAACAAACAGGGUAUCCUGAAGCGACUGAAGCAGAAGGCCCUGGAACACAACCCUGAUGAGUUCUACUUUCACAUGAUCAACUCCAGACUUAAGGGAGGAAAACAUGCAGAACUUGAGACCAGCGAGCGUGCCACACCAGAACAGAAGAAACUGCUGCAGACGCAAGACAUGCGAUAUGUGGAUUACAAGUUGUCUGCAGAAGCAAAGAAAGUGGAGAAGUUGCAGUCAGAACUUCACCUGAUUGGACACAGGGCUAAGAACAAACACACCUUCUUCUUAGACUCCAGGGAUGAAGUGAAAGAAUUUGACCUAGCCAAACACCUGGGCACAACCAAAGAGCUGGCCUCACGUACCUUCAACAGGCCCAGGACAGAAACCCUGCAGUCACACAGGGUUGUUGGAGCUGGAGAUUUCCAGAAGGUAGCCAAGGACAGAGAGCAGCACUACAGUGAGUUACAGCAGAGAAUGAAAAGGGAGAAACAACUUCACAUCAUCCGCCAGAAAAUGGACAUCAAGAAAGCAUUGAUG